AUGGAUUCUUCUUUCUUUCAAUCCCAAAACUCCUUCUCUUCCUCUGAAUCUUCUUCAUUUGGUUCAUCAGAUUGUUUCUCAUGGGAUGGGUUUUCUUCUUUCAAAGAAGAUCCCUUUACCCUUCCCCAUAUUCCCCUUCCCCUUCUUCCCCUUCCUUUCAAUGAGAAUGAUUCAGAGGAGAUGCUUCUCUUAGAUGUUCUUACUGAGGCAGCUCAAGAACCAUCAGAUACCCAUUUCUCUAUUCGAAUCAAAGAUGAAGAGGUGAGUUCCAAAGAAAAAGAAGAAGAACCCAAGCAAGUAAAGGAGAAAAGCUAUAGAGGUGUUAGAAGGCGUCCAUGGGGGAAAUUUGCUGCAGAGAUUAGGGAUUCUACUAGACAUGGUAUCCGUGUUUGGUUAGGUACUUUCGAUAGUGCAGAGGCGGCGGCUCUCGCUUACGAUCAGGCGGCGUUUUCGACUCGUGGGUCACUUGCAGUUCUCAAUUUUCCGGUGGAGAAGGUAAUUGAGUCACUAAGAGACAUCAAUAAGUAUGGUUUUGAUGAAGGGUGCUCACCUGUAGUGGCACUUAAGAAGACACACUCCAUGAAAAGGAAAUCUAUGAGUGGAAAGAAGAAGAAAGAUGUUGAAGUGAGGAUACAAAAUGUGGUGGAAUUAGAAGAUUUAGGGGCAGAUUACUUGGAGGAACUCUUGAAUUCUUCUUCAGGUGCUAGUCCUUGGUGAUUAAAUCAAUCAAACAAGCCUAGCCCAUAUCUUGUUUUAGUCUUUUAACUCAUUUCUUUUGUU